AGAAGCUUCCGAGCUGCAGGAGGCGUGGAACUGUGAGAAGGAAAGGACCGAUUUAGGGCAUAUUUCCGGGACUCUUCGAAGGGCCGACGGAAGUUGUAGUCCUGGGUUCUCGGGGCGACAGCGGACUUCCGGGCCACGCUGUCCGGACGUUCCACGAGGAGCUCUCGCUCUCGCCGGAGUCGCCGGGAAUCGUAGUCCGGUUCGCGGGGUCCGCCGGGAGCUGUAGUCCGUCCCACCUGCCCAGUCAGCGCGGUGCCGCCCGCCCUGCGCUCUCGGAGCCCGGAGCCGCCGCCCAGGGCGAUGCGGGAGCCCCCGGUUUGGGGGAACAGAGAGGCAGGCGGGGUGAGGGGCAUUUCCAGGCAGCGGAGCGGGCGAGCGCCAUGGUUGGGGAGCCGAGGACGGCAUGUCCCAGGCCCCAGGAGCUCAGCCAAGCCCGCCCUCCGUGUACCACGAACGGCAACGCCUGGAGCUCUGUGCCGUGCACGCCCUCAACAACGUCCUGCAGCAGCAGCUCUUCAGCCAGGAGGCUGCCGAUGAGAUCUGCAAGAGGUUGGCCCCAGACUCCCGGCUGAAUCCCCAUCGCAGCCUCCUGGGCACUGGCAACUACGACGUCAACGUGAUCAUGGCUGCCCUGCAGGGACAGGGCCUGGCUGCCGUGUGGUGGGACCGAAGGAGGCCAACCCGGGGAUCGAACCCGCAUCUCUUGCAUCCCCUGCAUUGGCAGGCAGAUUCUUUACCCCUGAGCCACCUGAGAAGCCCUCAGUUGAUAGGCAGUGGAUACCAAACAUCCAAGAUGGUCGGUUGGAUGGACGGAUGGAAAGAGCAGAUGAAGAGUUGGGCCCCUGUCCCAGCUGGCGCUGCCCCGGGUGCUGGGGCUGAUCCUGAACCUGCCCUCGCCCGUCUCGCUGGGGCUGCUGUCCCUGCCCCUGCGCCGGCGGCACUGGGUAGCCCUGCGCCAGGUGGACGGCGUCUACUACAACCUGGACUCCAAGCUGCGGGCGCCCGAGGUGCUGGGCGACGAGGACGGCGUCAGCCUCCCCGUGUCUGCGCACAGGGCCUUCCUGGCGGCCGCGCUGGCUCAAGGCUUGUGCGAGGUGCUGCUGGUGGUAACCAAGGAGGUGGAGGAGCAGGGCUCCUGGCUGCAGGCAGACUGACCCCAGGAGGAGGGGCCCACGGCUGCCCGCCCGGAGCGGCCCCACCCCCCACCCCACCCCCCAGACCAGCCUUCCGAGCAAGCGAGCAAGCGCCGGGGCCGGGGCAGGACACCUUGUGGACCUAGCGGAAGCCCCGCCCCCUGCCCCGUACGCCCCGCCCCCUUCCCGGCCUCCUGCCGCUGCUGCCUCAAUAAACCUGGUAAUUUGC